AGCUUGAAAAAAUAUUGGUGAGUAAUGGUUGGCUACAUCCAUCUAAGGAAAUGACAUCCUUGGAGGCAAUAACCAUGUUUCUUUGGAGUUGUGCACAUAGUGAGACAAAUAGGAAUGUCCAGAAUAAAUUUGGGAAGUCAGGAGAGACCGUAAGUAGGAAGUUUGGUGAAGUUUUGGAUGGCUUAUGUUUAUUAGCAAAGGAAAUUGUGAAGCCUCCGGAUUUUAACUUUUUUGAAGUUCCAGCAAAAAUUAAAGACGAUCGUAAAUUUUGGCCUUAUUUUGAAGGAUGCAUUGGUGCUAUAGAUGGAACACAUAUACCAGCCAUUGUUCCCACCAAAGAUCAAGUUCGCUAUAUCGGUAGAAAGGGAUAUCCAACACAGAAUGUCAUGUUAGUGUGCAACUUUGACAUGUUGAUCACUUUUGUUGUUGUCGGUUGGCCUGGUACUGCACAUGACACACGCAUUCUUUCAUCAGCUAUUGAAGAAAUGAAAACUGUGUUUCCUCACCCUCCUGAAGGAAAGUACUAUCUUGUGGAUGCUGGAUAUCCAAACAUGAAAGGUUAUCUAGCACCAUACAAGGGUGAAAGAUAUCACAUUCCUGAUUUUAGAGCUGGUAGUCAAGCAGAAGGUUUUCAAGAAAUAUUCAAUCAUGCACAUUCUUCAUUGAGAAAUGUCAUUGAACGAACAAUUGGGGUAUGGAAGAAAAGAUGGCAUAUCCUAUGUGAUAUGAGACCAUAUCCAUUGAUCAAACAACAGAAGAUUAUAGUUGCAACAACAGCACUCCAUAACUUUAUUCGAAUAUGUGGUGUUGAAGAUGAAGAAUUUAACAAGUGUGAUAGUGUUCCAGGAUACAUGACUGAGUGUGAAGAAGAAAGGAAUAUUGAUGAACAGACGAGUUCAUAUAAUUCUAUAAGAGCAACGGAUGGUGCUAUGGAUAGAGUUCGAAAUCAAAUAGCAGUUGGUUUGGUAGAAAAUAGAAAUCGUUAACUUAUGAAUUUUUUUAAUAGAUUUGUGGCUUAUAAUUUUUCAGUGAUUUAUGUUUUGCUCGUGUGUUACUUAUUAAACACUUAUGAUUUUUUUAUGGAUUAGUAUCUUUUGA